AUGGUCGACGCCGACGCCGCGGACGGCGUCGAGGGCGACGCGCGCGAGCGCGAGGCGUUUCUGAAGAUCGCGCGCGCCGUGCACGCGUACGACGCCGACGCGGCGCGACUGCUCGAGCGAUGGCGCGCGCGACUCGAGCGGGACGACCUGCCGAAACGCUACGACGGCGCGCUCGACGGCGCGCGACGGGACGUGCGAACGCUCGGUGCGAAAGCCAAGGCGUUAAACUAUGAUUUCUUGCGGUGCGCGCUGCACACGUUCGUGGAUAAUGAGCGCGCGCCCGCGCAUUUGCGCAUUCCGAGCGCGCGCGUCGCCGCGUGGUCGCGGGACGAAGCGUUUCGCGCGGAGCGGGACGACGUGGAUAAGGUGCGGUACGUGCUGAAGAAUGUGUGGCGAGAUUGGUCGGAAGAGGGUGCGCGCGAGCGGAAACCGGUGUACGAUUUGAUAUUCUCGGCGUUGAGGGAGAAGUUGGGGGCGAUCGACGCGCGCGUCGGGAGCCCGGUUGGCGAGGCGCCGCGCGUGCUCGUGCCUGGAUGCGGUUUGGGACGAUUGGUGUUUGAGUUAGCCAAGCUCGGAUACGACGCGCAAGGGAAUGAGUUUAGUUACUACAUGUUGAUGUUCUCUUCGUUUUUGCUGAACGCGACGAGCGAGGUUGGGGAAUUUGGAAUUUGUCCAUGGAUGCAUAGUCGAAGCAACCAUCGCGAGGCGGCGGACAUGUGGCGGGAAACGCGCAUCCCAGAUGAGGUUCCGGGCGACGCGAAUUUGCCACCAGGAGCGAUGAUGAGCAUGGCCGCUGGGGACUUCGCGGCGGUGUACGGAGAGGCGCGCGAAACCGGAAUGUGGGACGCCGUCGUGACGUGCUUCUUCAUCGACACCGCGCACAACAUCGUAGAGUAUUUAGAGUGCAUCGCCAACUGCCUACGUCCUGGAGGAUGUUGGGUGAAUUUCGGGCCAUUGCUUUAUCAUUGGGAAGAGUACGUCGACGAACAGAGCGUCGAACUGUCGCUCGAGGAAGUGCUCGCCGCGGCGGAAUCGUUCGGCUUGCGCGUCGAGCGCUCGGAAUCGACCGCGCCAGUCGACUACACGAGCGAUCCACGCUCCAUGCACAAGACGACGUACUCGUGCGCGUUCAUCGUCGCCACCAAAGUGUAA